CCCGGGCAUGCGCGGUGAAGCCCGGACGACCGAGACGGGAGCGGAGAGGACAGGGGGUUCGCUGCCUGCCGGGCUCCGUACCAGGUCGUGAACAAACCAUGAACGAUUGAGGGUGGAGAUCAGAUCUCUGAGGCACCGCGAGUUGCAUCCUUCUAGCCUGUUGAAUUUGACUUGUGCGAUGACCUAAGGUCAAGGUCAAAUAUAUUAUCGAGCCACUUCACGGGAUUUCCACGAUGGAGGAUUCACAGACAGGAAGCUCACGCCAAACAGUGCGUCAGGGCCUGGCGGAGAUGCCCGAUUCACCUGCACGUCAUCGACCUUGGAAAGGGGAAGCCAAAGCCUCCGCCCGCAGCGGGAAGGAGCCGUUCCCGUGUUCAGAGUGUGGCCGAGGCUUCGCCCGAGCAUCCGCACUGUCGAGACACCAGCGCAGCCACAGAGGUGUGAAGCCCUGGAAAUGCGGGGACUGCGGGAAGGGAUUCAACUAUGCUUCUCAGCUGGAAAUUCAUUGCCAUCGCCACACCAGGGAGCAGCCGUGGAAAUGCGGGGACUGUGGGAAGGGAUUCAGUUAUCCGUCCCAGCUGGAAAUCCACCGCCGCAGUCACACCGGGGAGCGGCCGUUCACCUGCGCGGAGUGUGGGAUGGGAUUCACCCACUCGUCCAGUCUCCUCACACACCAGCGCGUUCACAGUGCCGAGAGGCCGUUCACCUGCUCCGAAUGCGGGAGGGGGUUCACGCGCUCCUGCCACCUUCUCAGGCAUCGCCAAGUUCACGUCGGGGAGAAACUGUUCACGUGCUCCAUGUGCGGGAAGAGGUUCACGCAGUCGUCCUGCCUCCUCAGGCACCAGCGGGUCCACACCGGCGAGAAGCCCUUCACCUGCGUCCUGUGCGGGAAGGCCUUCAGCCAGACCUUCAACCUGCACGCUCACCAGCGGGUCCACACCGGCGAGCGGCCCUUCACCUGCUUCACCUGCGGCAAGGGCUUCACUCAGUCAUCCAACCUGCUCACGCACCAGCGAGUGCACACCGGGGAGCGGCCGUUCACCUGUGCCGACUGUGGGAAGGGCUUCGGUGGGCUGUCGAGUCUGCGGAAACACCGACUAAUCCACAAACACCAGCAGAAUACCAAAAGUUCAAGCGUGUCAGGGACAGAAGUGAGUGCAGUUGCUGUCACCAAGGAGAACGACGUGCCUGGGAACCUGGAAGGUCUGAAGUUAGAGAAGUCAUCUGGACCAGAUGGACUAUGCUCCAGGAUUUUGAAAGAGGAGGCAUUGCCAGUGGCACCAGCUCCAGGGACUCGUGCUCCAUCCUGCCUGCCGUCGGCACGUUCUCCCUGCGACUGUGAGGGCUUAAUCCGGGUGUUUCUGUUCCUUCCCACCUCCCGAGAGCGCGGGGACCAGACAUUUCAGGCGGAAUGUGAUGUCUCGUCCAACCUGCUCAUCAUAGCAGUAGACAGACAUGUCGGCGUGGGGGUGGGAGGUCGAACUGAAACGGCGGCCACCGGGAGAUUAACGCCCUUGGCGGCGGACAGAGCGAAGGUGCCCGUGGAAGCGGACCCCGGUCUGCGUCAGCUCUCACCGAUGAAGAGGGGGAGCACCGGGUACGUACUGCAUCACGGGUGCGACAAGUCGGGCAGACCUCACCGACAGUGGGUCGGUGCAGCGGGGCUGCCCCGGGGAUCCGCUCCGGGACCCUCCGUCGGGGCUGAUCGGGCGCAAGAUCCUCAACUGCCGCCGUGUCCCGGGAAUCUCCGUCAGGGCUGCGGAGGGACCCACGUUCGCUGUGUGACUCGGACAUUAUUCGUUGAUAUAUCUCGUACCUCGGGAACAAUGAACCCCUAUCGGUGCGGUGAUUGCGGGAAACGCUUUAAACGAUCCAGCGAUUUAAUCAAACACCAGCGGGUUCACACCGGAGAGACGCCGUUCAUCUGCUCCGAGUGCGGGAAAGGAUUCAAUCAGUCCUCCAACCUGCUAACGCAUCAACGUGUCCACACCGGGGAAAAGCCGUUCAUCUGCUUGGAGUGUGGGAGGGGUUUCAGUCAGUCGUCCUCCUUGCUGACGCACCACCGGGUUCACACCGGGGAGAGGCCGUUCAUCUGCUUGCAGUGUGGGAGGGGGUUCGCGGAGUCGGUGAACCUGACCAGGCACCAGCAAGUCCACACCAGGGAGAAGCCAUUCACUUGCUCCGAGUGCGGGAAGGAAUUCGCCGGGUCAGCCAAUCUGAUUAGACACCAGCGGGUUCACACCGGGGAGAGGCCGUUCAUCUGCUCCGAGUGCGGGAAGGGCUUCACUGAGUCAGCCAAUCUCACCAGACACCAGCGAAUUCACAGCAGGAAGAAACCUCUCACCUGCUCCAAGUGCGGGAAGGGAUUCUCUCGGUCAUCCGAACUGGUGAUGCAUAAGCGAAUCCACACCGGGGAGUGGCCGUUCACCUGCCCCAUGUGUGGGAAGGGGUUCCACUGGUCAUCCCACCUGCGGAUACACCAGCGGGUUCACACCGGCGAGAGGCCGUUCACCUGCUCCGAGUGCGGGAAGGGAUUUGCCGAGUCGGCCAAACUGACGCGGCACCAGCGAGUUCACAGCGGGCAGAGGCUCUUCACCUGCUCCGACUGCGGGAAGGAAUUCACCGAGUCAUCCAGCCUGCUGACGCACCGGCGGGUCCACACCGGGGAGAGGCCCUUCACCUGCUCCGAGUGUGGGAAGGGCUUCAGUUGCUCGUCCAACCUGCUGAGACACCAGCGAGCUCAUAAGAGAGAGAAAGUUUAAAAUCCGCCGGAUGUGGAAUAUUACUGAUACACCCGUGAGCUGUUCGGUUCUAUGGUAAUCACUGCUGCUCAUUACACCCGGCCACAGCUCUGCUGAUGUUAGUGACCACUAUAACUGAACCGGAGUUUAAUAUUCUCGAUCUAAAGCAGUUCUGUUUGAAACUCCUUGUCUGGCAGCCUUCUGAUGCCUCCCCUGUAUAUAGAGCGUACGGUGCAAAGACCAUCCAUUCAGGCCAGCGGGAUAAAAUCUGCCACCUCCCCUCCCGCCACUCUCUGUGCUCCGCCGCAGCCUCCCCGCAGCUCACCCUGCCGGAAUACCCUUGUCUCCCAGCUUCCACUUACAGGUACCUCUGCUGUUCACCUCAAGCACCUUCCGAGGAGUGCGGCCUGCUUUGUGUCGACGUCGGGGAGGUGCUGGCUGGUGGGGGAGGGAAGCAGUUUAUUUUGCUUUGCAAAAAUCGGACGGGGUGGACGAAAGCAGGCCGAAGACAUUCCGAAUCCCUGCAACCGUGAGUUUUUACGGACCUAUAGUUGUUUUGGCAGAAGCGAAAUAAAUUGUUGGUGAAAUUAAUUUGACCGAAUGGCGAUACAUACCGGGACAUGAUGCCUUGGGCCCCAACGUGUGGGAAAGGUGCUAGUGAAUGGCACACUAAUGCAAAUCGACAGAACAUUAAACUAUGAGUGUUGCCAUGACAUCAUAACGAGAGGUAAUGACGUCAGUUACUCCAAAGAGUCCAGAAUGAUUCCCACAGAAUAGAGAACAGGAAAGUUAAUACCACUAACUAAGGGAGGAGGGAGAAAGGAAGGGAACGCCCGAGAUCCGUAGAGGAGAAAGUCCAACAGUAAGCAAUUCGCCACAAGGCAACUGUAAAUGCGUGCAGGGUUGUCUGGAUUUAUGAAAGGGGAAUCACAUCCAACAAACCUGGUGGGGUUUAUUGAGAAACGGGAGUUGAAAAGAUAAUGGGUGAAACCAGCGGUCAUUGGGGAAUUUUACAAGAAAUUUCAUGAGGUGCCACACAAGAGGUUCACAAAUCGUCCAGGGAUUGGGGGUAACACAUACAUCAGCAUGGAUUAUGGAUUGAUUACUGGAUAGAAAAGGGAACAGGAAUAAAUUAGGUCACUCGGGACGUGGAAUGGUACAGGGAUCGGGGUCGGGCUCCCGGCUGCUCACGGAGUGAGCCACUGGAGCAGCCCAAUAUAACAUUGCCGACGGGACAAGGCUGGGUGAGAGGGGCAGCUGUGAGGAAGACGCAGAGAGGCUCCAGGGUGGAUACGGAGGUGUCGUGCAUCAACAGCAGUCAGAAUAAAAUUGCUGGCACAGAGCAGGAAAAGGCUCUUCCGCACAACGGCUCCCUGUCGACCAAGGUUCCCAUUGAAGCUCGCCCCACUCUCCCACGCUUGGCCCAUAUCCUUUCCAAUCUCUCCUAUCCGUGUGCCCGUCCGAGUACCUUUCUCAAUGUUGUUAACCGCUAAGUGCUUCAACCGCUCCUAUGGCGCCUCUUUCAGUGUCUGGACCACAAUCUCAGUGGAACAGUUGCCUCUCCCUGUAAAUUCUUUUAAACUUAAACCUGACUGUGGUCAAUACUAAUGGGAUUGGGUUUGUGAAAGAGAAACAUGUCCAACAUACCUAGCUAUACCGUAAGGUCGGCCACUCUGAUAGAAAUUAAUAAGAAAGUAGUUUGAAAAUGCUGCUGGCUCUGUACCCAUGUAUAACGACAAUAAAGAUCAUUCAAUUCAAUUCAGACACUCGCAGAUAAAUUACACAACUACUGAAAGGAAUUCAGAAGGGUUUUAUUUGAAAACGAUUUGAGGACAAGUGUUUUCUCCGACUGAAAUUGUACUGAGCCCUGCUGAGACCAGAUCUAGAGUCCUAAGGACAAGUCGGUCUCCUUACCUUGGUUACUCUGUGGACCAGACCUCGUACCACCCAGGGGAGGAGCAGAGGCGGCGUAGGACAGGACAGAGAUGCUGGGGGGCACACUG